CUUGAUAGGUCGUCGUUAUGACGAUGUCGCGGUGCAAAUGGAUUUACGCCAUUGGCCAUUUGAAGUAAUCAACGACAAGGGAUGAAGGAGGUGGCUGAAUUGUAUUUGAAAAGGAAGGUAGAUGAUGUAGUUAUAACGGUUCCCGCGUAUUUUAACGAUUGUCAAAGACAGGCUACUAGGGCUGCGGGAGUGAUUGCUGGUUUUAACGUUUUAAGAAUUGUUAAUGAGCCAACCGCAGCUGCGUUAGCUUAUGGUUUGGAUAAAAAUAUUAAGAGUGAGAAAAAUGUAUUGAUAUAUGAUUUAGGCGGUGGCACGUUGGAUGUUUCUGUUUUAACUAUAUCUAAAGGACCGGUUUACGAAGUGAAAUCGACUGCUGGCAACACACGUCUCGGUGGAGAAGAUUUUGACAAUCGUCUAGCGGCUUACUUCGCUGAAGAUUUUAAAAAACGUUACGGAGAAGAGAUUAUAGGCGAUGGAAAAGCUUUUCGUCGACUUAAAGUUGCCGCUGAGAGAGCAAAACGUAUUCUAACAUCUGCAACUGAAGCAACAGUACAAAUAGAGUCGCUGUACAACGAAUUAGACUACACGGGUAAAGUAACCAGGUGCCUAUUCGAAGAAUUAUGUUCAGAUUUGUUUUUAGAUACGAUAAAAUAUAUCGAACAAGCUUUGGAGGAAGCCAGAAUGAAGAAAGAAUACAUCAACGAUAUUAUACUUAUAGGGGGUAGUACGAGAAUACCAAAGAUACGAAAGUUAGUGCAAGAAUACUUCGAUGGUAGAGCUAUAUCAUCAACAGUGAACCCCGAAGAAGCAGUAGCUUGUGGUGCUGCAAUACAAGCUGCUAUAUUAUCGGGCGAAAGACACAAGAAAAUAGAAAAUUUGCUCCUAGUUGAUGUGGUGCCAUUGUCACUUGGUGUAGAGACAGCUAGGGGUAUGAUGUACAAAAUCAUAGAUCGAAACACACCAAUCCCUUGUCGUCAGACCAAAGAUUUGACUACAUUAGAGGAUUACCAAAGAAGUAUGACCAUAGAGGUGUUCGAAGGCGAACGAGCGUUGACCAGAGACAAUAAUCUAUUGGGUGUCUUUGAAUUAGAAAACAUACCGCCAGCUCCAAGAGGUAUAGCAGUAGUGGAUAUCACUUUCGACAUUGACGCUAAUGGUAUACUCUCGGUGUACGCUCAAGACCGUAGCACUGGUAAUAAAAAUGGAUUAAUCGUGACAAAUGAACACAGACUGAGCCAGCACGAGAUAAACAAAAUGAUAGCAGAUGCGGAAGCUUUCAAAGAAGAAGAUAUAGAAAAUAAAAGAAGAUUAGAAGUAAGGAAUCAACUAGAAGGUUACGUUUAUAGCGUGAAACAAACUGUGACGGAUAAUAUUGAAAUGUUAUCGGUGAAUGAAAUAUCAACAUUAACAAAGGAGUGUAAAGAAGCAAUAGAGUGGCUGGAGUUGAACCCUGAUUGUUUGAGAGAAGAGUAUGAGAGGAAGAUGUCGGAGUUACUGACGCACUGGUCUCUUGUUAUGAGAAAAUUUAACUCUAUUCGUCAUAGAGCAAAGAGACAAAGAAGUGAGAAUGGAGAAGUAAAUGACACAGCUAUUGAAGAAGUGGAGAAUAAUGAAUGAGUUAUUUCUUUAAGUCGGAAUUUCAUGAUCUCAAUUUUUUUAAUAAAAGAAGAUUCUAGAAAUGUCCAUUCUUAAAAUUUUUUCGCUUUUUAGAGAAAUCUGGAAUUAAAAAAACCGGAUGCAAUACAGUGUCUACUUACCGCAAUAUUCUUGAUUAAUCAGGUGUCAUUUAAGUGAAAAAGUGCAGAAAGCCCGCCAAAAUGGACGUCAAAGCAUAGACUAAAGAUGCAAGAUCAUGAAAAAUUCUAAAUUCAAAUCUUCGUAUAUUUUAGAAGUGUUUCGGUAUUUUCAAGCUGUGAAAUGUUUAUCGGAUUUCAUAGUGCACCUCUUAGUUAUGUGUAACGUUUUUUCAUUUUUCUAAUAUAAGAUUUUGCUAUUUCGCUUAGUAAAAUACAAAUAAAAAGUGAAUAAACUGGGGCGUUGUUUUAUUUCUCUCAAAACAACUCCACUAAAAUUGAGACAGAUACAACGCGACUAAAAGAAGCGCCAGUAAUUGUUUAUGGGACUUCCGAUCAAUAUAAAAUAAUAUAGUGGCAGUUAUUUUUUGUGACUAACAACAGAAACUCAGUAGAGAAACAGCGAUAUAAUUGGCUUUUCUUGAGCAUACUCGAAAAACUAGGGUCAAAUCAUUCCACGAUGAGUUUAAAACAACUUUAUACAAUAAACAAAAAAUGUUGACUACCCACUUGAUGUUAAUUGAUGAAGUCCAAAGAUAUUACGCGCUAGUUUAGUAACUGCCACUGUGCAGGCAAAUAUCAAUUUGGACCCAAAAAAGUAAAUCUAAAACUUUACCCUAGAACUCCAGUGUUGUAUAUACAUUGUCCAUCCCUUUCAUUGUCUUUGACAAAGCAGAGAAUAUGUAUUAGUGUAUGUCACAGUUAUUAUAUUUGUAUU